AUGGACGCGUUAAAGUCGUCGAUACAGGAAGCAGCGAGGCUCAAGAGGCAUGAAGCCAUAGUGCUCCUGAGCAGCUGUUUUCAGUAGAGAGAGUUUGAAGGCGACGACCAGAGGCAGUAUUUACACCAAGAAUUUGUGUAUGAGAAUGUGAUGUACUCAGUAAAGCGUGGGCUUCCAUGGGCUGCAGUGGUCCAAAUAGCAAAUCUGUGUAAAGAGCUCCUCCCUGAGCUUAGAGGUGAUUUGGAGAGAUCUAAAGCACUCUCUUUGAUCCAGACACGGAUGUCUCAGUGUCAUCCACGCACUGCCUCUCAUCACACCACCAUGUACGACUUCAUGGUGCAUACCUACAUCCAUCAUCAGUGCCUCUAUCAAGCUUUUUUAAAAGAAGAGGUGAAUCUUACGUGUAUGCACUCGCACCUUGAGAUUCAUAUUCCACCACAUCCCCUACCACUAUGUGAGGGAACAGAUUUGAGAGUCUGGGAGAAGCAGCAGGCUUUGAAAGAACUAACUGCAAUCGAUACAGCAAAGACUGAAGAAAUCCAUAGACUGAAAGAACAGGCUGAGACACAGAUAAUGGAAAAGCUACAAGUCAGUCUUGGUGAUCUUUCACUGGAUGACAGACUAGACAAACAGGCACUGGAAAGCAUGGUUCGCUGCUUUCUGCAGUCAGAAGCAGAAGUGGUAAAAGAGAUUUUAAUAAAGAAAAUCAGAGCUGUACAAGAGCUGCUGGAAAUACAACUGAGUCAAACAGCUCUACCCGGCGCAGGGCCCUCUUCAGAUGUAUCGGGUUUUUCACAAAAAGGCUCUACAUCUGGAUCCACAAAAACUUAAAAGAAAUGAUUAAACAAACCAGUAUACCAAUAUUUUAUACUUGGAAUCAUUAAUUUGUUCAUCUU